UCCGAGCCCCAGACGCGGCGGACACCCGGAGAGGCAGUUCCUUCGCCCUCGGCGCAUUCCCGGCCGGCUCCGCAGAGGAGUGGCAGCGUGAGCACAUCCCCUCCCUCCUUAGGACCAGCUCACAAGACAAAGGACCAAAGACAUUUCUGAGCACUGAGAUCCUCCAUCUCUCCCCCAGCUAUGAGCCGGCGUGUGGUUCGGCAGAGCAAGUUCCGCCAUGUGUUUGGGCAGGCAGCAAAGGCUGAUCAGACCUACGAGGACAUCCGUGUGUCCAAGGUCACAUGGGACAGCUCCUUCUGUGCUGUCAACCCCAAAUUCCUAGCCAUCAUCGUGGAGGCUGGAGGUGGGGGUGCCUUCAUUGUCCUACCUCUGGCCAAGACAGGACGAGUGGAUAAGAACUACCCGCUGGUCACUGGGCAUACUGCACCUGUGCUGGAUAUUGACUGGUGCCCACACAAUGACAAUGUCAUCGCCAGUGCCUCAGACGACACCACCAUCAUGGUGUGGCAGAUUCCAGACUAUACCCCUGUGAGAAACAUUACAGAACCUAUCAUCACACUCGAGGGCCACUCCAAGCGUGUGGGCGUCCUCUCCUGGCACCCGACUGCCAGGAAUGUCCUGCUCAGUGCAGGUGGUGACAAUGUGAUCAUCAUCUGGAAUGUGGGCACCGGGGAGGUGCUGCUGAGCCUAGAUGACUUGCACCCGGACAUCAUCCACAGCGUGUGCUGGAACAGCAAUGGCAGCCUGCUAGCCACCACGUGCAAGGACAAGACACUGCGCAUUAUUGACCCCAGAAAGAGCCAAGUGGUGGCGGAGCGAGCCCGGCCUCACGAGGGCGCCCGCCCGCUGCGGGCCGUCUUCACCGCAGAUGGGAAGCUGCUCAGCACCGGCUUCAGCAGGAUGAGUGAGCGGCAACUCGCGCUCUGGGACCCGGAGAGGUUUGCAGCCCAUGAGGGGAUGAGGCCCAUGCGGGCUGUCUUCACGCGCCAGGGUCAUAUCUUCACCACGGGAUUCACCCGCAUGAGCCAGCGAGAGCUGGGCCUGUGGGACCCGAACAACUUCGAGGAGCCAGUGGCACUGCAGGAGAUGGACACAAGCAAUGGAGUCCUACUGCCCUUCUAUGAUCCCGACUCCAGCAUCGUCUACUUGUGUGGCAAGGGUGACAGCAGCAUUCGGUACUUUGAGAUCACGGACGAGCCACCUUUCGUGCACUAUCUCAACACAUUCAGCAGCAAAGAGCCGCAGCGGGGCAUGGGUUUCAUGCCCAAACGGGGGCUGGACGUCAGCAAGUGUGAGAUCGCCCGGUUCUACAAGUUGCACGAAAGAAAGUGUGAACCCAUCAUCAUGACUGUGCCGCGCAAGUCAGACCUCUUCCAGGACGAUCUAUACCCGGAUACACCCGGACCAGAGGCUGCCCUGGAAGCGGAUGAAUGGCUAUCGGGUCAGGACGCUGAACCCGUGCUCAUUUCGCUGAGGGACGGCUACGUGCCCCCUAAGCACCGCGAGCUCCGGGUCACUAAACGCAACAUCCUGGAUGCGCGCCCGCCCUCUGGCCCCCGACGCAGCCAAUCGGCCAGCGACACCCCCUUGUCGCAGCAGCACACCCUGGAGACGCUGCUGGAGGAAAUCAAGACCCUUCGCGAGCGGGUGCAGGCCCAGGAGCAGCGCAUCACAGCUUUGGAGAACAUGCUGUGCGAGCUGGUGGACGGCACCGACUAGCGCGUUGGUGGCUGUGCUCUAGCGGGACCGCACGGGGCGCACCGACUCAGCCCACUCCAGCCUUUGGUCUGGGACUCCGGACCUCUCCUUCCUGAGCUGGAGUCGGAGGCUGGACUGGGAAGGAAAAUAUGCCCCUCGUGGGAGACCUAGAAGAAGGGAGCUUAUGGGAGACCCGAGUUUGUCUGUCAGGGGCUGGACUGCGCUCUUGGUCCAAGAUUUGGAACUUGGUGGAGUUUGCCUAAGGGUCCCCCCACCCCGUAACAGGGAGACUCACAAUGGUGCUGCUUGGCAAAGUGGUAUCCCCUCUGUCCCUCGCCCCGGACAGGGGAAAUGCUUAGUUAGUAGCAGAAUGCUUGGGGAUAUUGGGGAGUUUGGGUCUGACCUCAGAGAAGUGGUCAUUCACAGGUCUCCCCAGACUGAGUGGGGAAAAUUAGGAUGCUUCUCCUAAUCAGAUCACUUGAUUCCACCAGUCUGAGUGGUAAACCCCAGGUCUGAGCUGGCAGCACCCCAGUUCUGCAGAUGCAUACACAGCCUGCAGAGGCCCCACCCAGGGGUCCAUGGCAGAUGAUAGGGCAGCUUCCUCCAGUCUCUGCCAGAGAAGUCAGGUUCACAACAUACACACACACACUGCCCCCAGCCCUCUGCUGUGGCCUUAACUCUGUGAAGAAAACAAGACAUAAUGACGUUUUAUGAAGCAAGUCUGUGCCUCCUGUAUGUCUGAUGGCAGGUGGUGGGGAAAGAUUUCCAGGCUCCUUGGAAAACCUAGCAAAUGCAAGCCUAGGCUCAGGACUCACCAAACAACCUCUUACCCUAGAGUCUUCCUAAUGCUGAGGUUCAGCAGGACUCCCCACCCCACCCACCCUGGGCACUCC